CCAAUUGGUAAUGCUCAAAUGAGACUAGAGAGAGACUCCUCCCCACUUGUGAUAUAAAUUUGGUGUGUGUGAGAGAGAGAGAGAGAGAGAGGAGGAUUGAGUUGAAAGCAAGUGCGAGAAGUUUGAGAGGGUUUGACAAGCUGUAAUUCACACGUGAAGGCAAAAAAGUCUCCAUUUUUCAAAACUAAAAUCAGAUUACAGUAAGAAUUAAGUGGAGAUUCUGUUUUCGUUUCUAUCUAAGCUCUCAAUUUUUUUAUCCCCACUUCUUCAUUUUCAUUCAAUUUUGUUGCUGCACUUCGCCAUCAAUCUACAGCUUAUCGUGAUGGGCACCAACCUAACUACCAAAUACUGAGUGAUUCACACGCCCUUUAGGUGUCGGUGGCAUUAUUCCCAGAUUCUGCAGUUUUUUUGGCGAAACAAGAUCCCCAAGUCCAGAAAGUUGAGAUCUUCGUUGUUUAUCUUGGUCAAGAUCAAAUUUUGGAAUCUGGGUUUUUGUUGAAUCUGUGAUGGGGUGGAGAUACAGAGCUGGUUUGCUUUUAAUUGCUACCGUUGUCGUUAUUUGGGUUGCUUCUGCUGAGGUUACACAGGAUAUUUUUACAGACUAUAAGCAGCCAUUUGCUGUGACUUACCUCGGAGCUUCUUUAAUGGUGAUUUACAUACCUAUAGCAUUCAUCAAAGAUUGGUUAUGUAAUAUCUUGAAGAAACGUGGUAGUCGAAAGGGUCAAGUUUCGAAUGAUGACGUUUGUCCCGGUCUAGGCUCUGCACAGAAAAUCUUUGAAAUCGAAAUUCAAGGACACAUUAACAGGAAAGACAGCGAGGUAGACCUUUCGGAGCAUGAUGAGGGAAAGCCUUUGGUUCCCAGGCAAGUAGAUGAUUCUAGAAGUAUCAAACCCGAGAAAGAAAUCACGGCCAAAGAAAUCGCUACUUACGGAUUUUAUCUCGCCCCUCUUUGGUUUAUCACGGAGUAUUUCUCGAAUGCUGCUCUUGCACGCACGAGUGUUGCAAGUACCACCGUUUUAUCCUCCACCUCGGGACUGUUCACUCUCUUCUUCGGGGCAUUCUUGGGCCAAGAUACCUUAAAUAUUGCAAAGAUAGUUGCUGUGUUUGUCAGCAUUGGCGGUGUUGUCAUGACGACCCUAGGAAAAACUUGGGCUGCUGAUGAGUCGGAGCUGAAUAUGUCUUCAAGUAGCAAACGCUCUCUUUCCGGGGAUGUAUUUGGGCUUCUAUCAGCUACGACUUACGGUUUAUUCACUGUGCUGCUCAAGAAGUUUUCUGGUGAGGAAGGAGAGAGGGUCGACGUGCAGAAGCUGUUCGGUUAUAUUGGCCUAUUCACACUCGUGGCUCUUUGGUGGCUUGUGUGGCCAUUGACAGCUUUAGGUAUAGAACCCAAAUUCACCAUUCCUCAUUCUGCUAAGAUGGAUGAAGUUGUGAUUGCUAAUGGGCUCGUUGGGAGCGUUCUUUCGGACUAUUUCUGGGCGUUAUGUGUCGUCUGGACAACACCGCUGGUGGCCACCUUGGGCAUGUCUCUCACCAUCCCGCUCGCCAUGGUGGCCGACAUGAUGAUCCACGGGCGGCAUUACUCCGCCAUCUACAUUCUUGGCUCGAUUCAGGUGUUUGCAGGAUUCGUGAUAGCCAAUCUUUCCGAUAGACUCUCGAAGCUGCUGGGGUUGUAGCGUUUGCACGAGUACGAGAAUCGGAGAUGAAACCGGAGUGAAUCGACUAACGAGGAAUCGAUGUUCCGGCGUCUGUAUAUUUGUCACCACCAACGUUGAUCAUGAAAUGUUGUUUCAUGUCUUUAACUUCAUUCUUGAUUUAUUUGCCAUUGAUUUUGGAGAAUUUUGGAUACACACAUUCAUUAUAUGUAGCCAUUGUGUUGAUAACUGACUUUGGCCUCAAAAGUUUUGCAAUUUAAUACUAUUACUUUUUUGUUCUUA